UGCCAAAAAUAGAACAGAAAAACUCCUUUGAAUCGGCCCUCCCUCCUUUAUAGCACACUGGCCUCUGAAUUUUUCUCAAGGGAGGUGUGUUGUGCAUUGUCAACCCAAGGUCACUUUGUUUGAACGGGAGAUGCAGUCCUCCCCUUACAUAAGUGUUUCGAGGGAUGCACUCGAGUAACUAGCCUCGGAGUUUAGAGCUGCUCGGAGCUGGAAGAUGAGGCCCGUGCUUGGAAUGGCUUUGCAGUGCCUGCUGCUGCUCCUCCCCUCAACUGCUCUGCUAAGAAAAGGAGGUGUUGAGGGAGGACUUUCGCCUGCUGAAGAACUGGAAAUAACCUUUUCAAAGGAGUUGGGAUUUGGAGAGGAGCGGAGAGAAAGGGAAGACGGGAGCAUAUAUGAAGGAGCAGAACUCAACUUAAUGGCAUUGACGCCCAAGGCCACCACUGCUACUCGUCUCCUCGUGAAGAGUGACAAGCCAGGAGAUGAUGCCAAAGGAGCAAAAUGCCCUCCGCUCAUCCCUGAGGAGGCAGUUUUCCCAGUUCUGGGGUCAGAUUCCAGCCUCCCCCCUUGGCCCAUUGGUGGGCUGGAAGGGCCAGUGUGCACGGUGAAAAUGGGCAGGAGGUACGGCUUGGGCAAGAACCACUUGGAAGUCGUGGGGGUCCUUACCAGCUAUGAAAGCGAUUUCCUCAAAGUGGUGAGACGUUCAAGCUGGGAUCAAGGCCGGCUGGAGACCUUUGGGAUCUGUCCUGCUGGGGAGGCCCAUUCUGCUCUCCUGUCUCUGAAACACAUCAGUGCCCACUUGGCUGACCCAGGGGAGAACAGGUUCCUUGUGCUGCAUCUUGAAGAAGGUACGUGCUAAGAGACCCCUGAACUGACUG